AUGCUUGCUUAUACUAUUAGAAGAGGGAUUUACAAGCCAAAAAUCCAAUUCCGGAGGAAUAAAAAGCCUACUUUUCGCACAGCAGAUGUAGAAAAGGCACCAAUCCCUACAGAGCCAUAUCAGAGGCCACGCUACUUAUCUUUUAAAGGACUAUUAGAGAAAGACGAAAUAGAGAUGGUAAACCAAGGUGGAUUUGAGCCAACCGUCAACUGGAAGAAGGUAAAAGCAAUAAAAUAUUCUAAAGAAGAUUAA